ACAAACUGGUAGGUUGCCACAACUAUAGACAAACACUGCACCACCUACACACACAACAUACCUUACACACAGACUGUACAUACUAUACACACACUAUGGUUCCCCUUUGCACACAUUAUAUCCCCUGUAGACACACACUAGAUCCACUGUACACAAACACAACUUCCCCUUUACACACAUACACUACAACCUCUAUAAACAUUACAGUCCUUGGCCACACACCACAAACAGCCACACCUUAAAGCAACUAUUUAUACAAAACACCACACAACAAACACCACUCUCCCUCUACACACAUGCAAUACCACAUACAGCCACCAAACGCAUGCACGAUAAUUUUUCUUGGCUUUUUUGUCCUCUGGUAUCUCACUUAUGGACACAUCAGAGACCAUUUACAAGCAAACUCAGUGCUGCACAUUACACAGGGCAUUUUCCCAUGUGAGAACUCUUUAGCAGGGCUCUGUCCAUGGGUUGCCCUGCAAGAGCACUAAAAUUAACAAAAAUUAACAUUCUCACCUGGGGGGACAAGCUUGUUAUUGGUGAUGACACUACACGCCCCCUCCCUGGCUCCACCCCCUACCACUGGGCCCCUCUGGGUGUGUGACUGAUCGCGCGACUGAUCAGACGUAUGUCAGUGGAGCUCUGCAUCUAUCUGGUAUUUUACCGUAUUAAUAACCAGCGGAAGCCUAACCACAAUCGCACCCCCUCAGAGACACAAUGGGGCACAAACUUUACCCACCAGAGAUCCCCUAACAACCAGAUAUUAGGCACUCAUUCCAAGAUGGCGCCCGCCACGAGGUUCGAGGAGGAAGCCUCAGAGGAAUCCCAGGAGGAUUCCUUGCCUCCUCCAGACAGAGUGUGAACUCCCCGGAGACUGAGUCAGAGGAUGAUUCGUCUCCCUAUACGAAGGGGGACAUGAAAAAGUUACUCCUGGACCUGCAUGCAACGAGGAGAGCAGACCUCCAAGAGACAGAACAGAAGGUAAGAGCUCUCCAACAAAAAAUCAGAAGAGUGGAGGAGAGGGAACAGGCCAGAGCCGCAUGCUUACAAAAUAACGAGACCCACCUGGAGGGUCUAACCCACCAAGUCCAGAAGUUACAACGUGCGGUAGACACGAUCGAAGCCUGACAUAGGCAACGCAGUAUGCGCCUGAGAGGCAUACCACAGGAGGUAACAUUGCCUCAAUGGGCCUAAAGGUAAGAUCAAACCCCUCAAUGAUACUAACUGCAUUUCAUGUACGUAAGGCAGCUACAUCCCCGGCUGCUGCCCCAAGAGAUACAAUUAUUGUCACCAGAGACAUUACAGUGCGCACAGCAAUUAUGGGCCAUUCCAGAAUGUUAGGGGACGGUUCAGUAUGAAGGAGCAUCAGUGUCACUCUUUAACGACAUUCUGUUUGCUGCACUCGUAGAACAUUGUAAACUGGCACCAGUUGCAAAGAAGCUGAGGGACCACUCGGUCCAUUACAGCUGGGGAGCCGAUGGUGCUUUAUAAGUCCCACAAGGAGACAAGACCCAUACACUAUCUUUGACUAAACUUGCAAGCUCGACAUCCAGAAGUUGAAAAACCAAGGAGUACCCAAGAUAAGACACACAGAGACCCGGGAGAAGGAACCUUGCUGAACCGACCCAGGUCCACCAAGAACACAGGUUCUACAUGCUUAUUUGUCACUUUAAAAGAUUUGUCCCAAGAUUACACCUGUGGCACAAUGCCGAGCUGUUAUAUGUCACAUCGUACUGACAGAUCAUAAUAUUAAACAAGCAUUUACCUGUGUCACUUAGUCCACUUAACAGGACUAUAGAGGAACUCUAUCAUACUACUUCUGGCAAGAUUACCGCUUCUGCAUACAUAGAGUACUAAUUAUAUGUAACGGUUCACUUUACUUUAUCAUAUGUUGUUUCUUUUUAUACCUUGAUGUAAAUGUAUACAUUUGUAUGCAAAAUUCAAUUUAAAAAAAAAUUACAUUAAAAAAAAAAGAAUAUGCGUAUAGCUUUAACUUUCUAGUGAACAAUCUACUGAGCACAAAUACCCUGCUGCACAUUUUCUCAUCUUGUUAUGAGUUAGAUCUGGCAUGAGUCAGGAGUUGAGAAUGUUUUCAAUUAUGUCAUGUUAUAGAGAAUACAGUUAUAUUACAAUGUUGCUUAAGUCACAAGCAGAGACAACACUUCUUUAGGAAACGCAGAACAAGAACCAGUAAGAAAACAAAACAGAUGAUUCUGGCCUCGGGGUAAGACAAUUACUGUUUUCUUUGCAUCAGUUGCUAAUGAGCUUCAUUAAUAUUUCUCAUAACUCAUUUCUCAAUACAAAACUUUAAGCGUUUAGAGCAAAAUUAUAUGAUUUUCAGUAAUUAAUUUAUUUGGUUCAUAUAUUAUACAUAGAUCAAAUGUCACUGUGUAAUUAAUGGAAUAUUACUUUACAUAAAGAAACAGCCAAGUCUACAUUCUCUACAUUCUACGUGAUGUGUAUUAAACAAAACAAGACUGUGUACAAAAACCUAGAUUCUUGUUGAAACAUUUUGAAAGUUGGAAGUUGUUUUUACUAAGAAAUCAAGGACUGUUUUGGUUUUUGGAAAUGUAAACAGAUUUUAUGAAUCUGGAACUCAAAUCUAAAUAUUUUGUUUGUAUUUGCGUUUAAAAGAUGAGACACACCUAAAUGAUUUGAUUAACGUAGACGUCCACAUCAGGAGACUUAUCAAUGCAAAAGUGCAAAGUUAUUGCCUGGAAAAUUAAAGAACAAGAAAAAAAUUAAAUAGAAAGCAUAUGUGCAUGUAUACAGUCUCCAUUCCUGUGAUUAGUGCCAGAUGAUAUUGGUUGUCUCUUUAGGGGAAAACAGCACAUGUACACUUUUUAUCCUUGUAUAUGUAUUUUAUUCCAUGAAUUGUUUGUGGUAGAAGUACAUUUUCAUUUUUUAUAUAUUUUCUUAUUGAAAUAUGGACUGCAACUCCAUGUAUCCAUAUGCAGAUGAUGGUGGUGGGAGCUGUAGUUGUCAACAGUUAGAAAGCGUUUUCUUAAACACCAAGUUUUUUUCCCCCCUUCCGGUCAAUAUGUACAUGGGUUACCACUUUUUGCAUUGCAACAAAUGCAAAAUUAAUGAGAAUUCUAGAAAUCAAUUAAUUCUGAAAAGGAUUUUUUUUUUUUAACACAAGUUAGCAGGCUGGAUAGUUUAGUACUCUCAUUGCAGAAACCACAGAUCAUAUACUGAAAUCUUCACUUAUAACAGACACUCUCCCCAGAGCAGCAAGGGAUACUACAUAUUAAUGGAUCCAAUGUGUUAUAGUACAACAGGAUCAUAUAGGAGAAUAGUUGAUAAGAAAAGGUUUUGAAACAAAGAUCACCUUCUCAAGUGAGUACAUAGUGAAGGGUAAAUUUCACAAAUUAUUUAAGUGCACUCUAAGCACAAAAAAAACAACAACUUUAACUUAAUGUAGUGGUUUUGGUGUAUAUAUCAUGCUACUGCAGUCUCACUGAUCAAUUAUCUGCCAUUUAAUAAUUAAAUCACUUUACCUUUGCAGCCUCAGCCACACCUCCUCUGACUGUGACUUACAUCGUCUCCCUACACACUUCCUGUCAUGUGAAAUCUAAGUUUUAAAGUAACAUUAUAGGGUCAGGAACACAAACAUGUAUUCCUGACCCUAUCAUGUUAAAACUACCAUCUAGCCCCCCUGGUCCCCUCUUGCCUUUCUAAAUAUAGUAACAUCUAACUUGUAUUCAAGUCUGCAGAUGCUGGCUCUGCCUCUGAACUGCCUUUGUCUGCUGACAUCAUCAGAAGUGGUGGUCUGAGCCAAUCACAAUGCUUCCCCAUCGGAUUGGCUGAGACUGUCAAGAAGGCAGAUCAGGGGCAGAGCCAGCAUGAUUCAAACACAUUCCUGGAAAAUCAUCAUCUCCUCAUAGAGAUACAUUAAAUAAAUGCAUCUUUAUGAGGAAAGUUCAGUGUCUCUAUGCAGAAGUGGGAUACAAUGAAUGGCAGUGCUGCACAUUAGGCAACACUGCCCAAGGAAGCACCUCUAGUAGCCAUCUGAGGAGUGGCCAGUGGAGGUAUCCCUAGGCUGUAAUGUACACACUGAAUUUUCUCUGAAAAGAUAAUGUUUACAGCAAAAAGCCAGAAGGGAAUGAUUUUACUCACAAGAACAAAUACAAUAGGCUAUAGUUUUUCCGGUGACUAUAGUGUCCCUUGAAACUUCUUUUAUUGCAAGGUGUGUUUAAUAUAGAAUUUAUCUCCUGCUCUGUUAAUUGCCUGAAAUAGCAUGCAGGAGUCUCCUGUGUGUAAGUAAAGUUCAAUUAAAAGAUCAAGAGAUAAAACUGUUUUGUACAUUCUCAUUGAAAAGUAAACAAUUUUUUUCACUGAGGCUGUGUGAGUCACAGCCAGGAGAGGACACAUAAACACAAACAAAAGUCAUUUAACUUCUAAACCGCUUAGAGUAUCCCUUUAGGCAAACCUUAUUAUCAAUCUAGGACUGUGUUAGAGUUCUUUGCUGUAGUAUGUCUACUAUUGUAUUAUACAUUUAUUACCUGCUUUCAUAUGUCAUGGUGUCUGAACUAAUAUUUUGAACUCGGUAAUCCAUGGAUUAGGAAAAGUUUCAACUCUGAGGGUGUGCAGAUUUAUAGAAUAGGUGACGACACAGAAAGUUAAUGAGGAAUGCAACUUUAGCAGUACUCAAUAAUGCAAUAAUUAAAUGUCCCUUACUGGCACUAUAUAAUAAUGUAUCUUUAAUUUUGCACAGAGCACUUUUUUCUUCUUAGCUUUUUAUUCUUAUUAUUAUUCGUAUUUAUAUAAUACCAACCAGGUCCGGACUGGCCAUUGGGAAAACCGGCAAAUGUCCGGUGGGCCACGAUGACCAUGGGCCAAGGCCAGCAGGAGAGAUCAAGGGAUCUUCCCUGCCGGCCCAUGCACUGGCCCUAAGACGGAGUUCUGUCCCCUCACGGGCCGUUGGAAGGAAGAUUGCACAGUGAGCAAAACGCUCUGUGCAUGCAGGGUAAGCAGACUGUCUUCUCGCGAGCGCUGAUAUUAGCAGGGCAUUGCCAUGGUAACCCACGGCAACGCUUUGAAAGACCGGCACUCAUGAGAGACAGACGUGGUACAGACUAAAUAACCUGAUUGCCGGACCAACAGGGAUUACCUUGCGGUGUACCCCCUCUCACUGGACCACCAGGGAUCUGCAUGCUCCCUCUCCAUCUGCAAGGUUAUAAGUGGAAGGGGGAGAAAAAAAUGUUGUUGUUUUAUUUUUUUAAUUAUUAAAUUAAUUAUUUAAGCCUCUCUCCUACUAACUAUAUCCACAUACCCUCUCAUAUACAUGUACCCAUCUCAACACAUACACACUUUGACAGCCCUGCUCCACUUUUAUUCUCUGCUAUCCCACUAUUGAGAACACCAGAGACAAGUCACCAGCAAAGGCAGCGCAUGAUUACAUUGUACAACGCCCUCCCAAAAACAGGACAUUUACUUCACCCAAAAGCACUGGAUGCUCUGUGGGGCAUCACAAUAACAUAAUCAUUUGGCAGGGUAGGGGCGGGGGGGGCGUGCUUGUCAAUGGUGAUGACAAAACACGCCCCCUAUCUGGCCCCACCCCUCCUAGUGGGCUGCUCUGUCUUUAAGUGCCCGGGCCAAGUUUUUGUCCCAGUCCGGCCCUGAUACCAACUUAUUCCCAUUACAUCUCUUAUAAUGGGAUCAUGUGUUUGUAAUAGUAUAUGUUUUUCUUUUUUAAUAAGAAUAAUCUCACAAUCCUUUUUGUUUCUUUAGAAUGCUCAAUAUGAAGAUCGCACAGUUUAUUCAAUGUCUUUUCAUCAUCAUUACCCUUUGUACUUUCUAUGCAACAGUAAGUGAUUCAUAAAAUGUGCCAUUAUUUUAAAACUUUUUAUUACUUUUACAGUUUAUUAUAUUUUAGCACAGAGAUAUACUUGUAUAAACAUUAUCCUAUUUUGUGGAAACUGUAGAAAGAAGAGAAAAAAAGCUAUUGUCAUACAUACGUUGCUUACUUUUAAGUGGCUCUGUCACUUCGCUUGCCUCUGCAAUAUUUUACAAAUAUCCUCCUCGGUAACAUAUCCAGUUGAUGGUGAAAUAUGGUAGUAGAAAGUGAGAGGGAGCUCUUCUCAACCCAGGAUGACACGUUUUUCAAGUGACAAAAAAAAAAGCCAUAUGGGUGAAAUGCGUUGUGAUUUAAAAGAUUGUGGGGAUUGUACCACCAACGCCGUUUCCAUCGAGCAUGUUUACUCCGCUAAAUGUGAGUACAUUUAAUUUAUUCUAGCAUCGUUUAUUCUCCAUUUAAAACAGAGAGCACUGUUCUUCUCAUUUUCAUCUUUUACUAUAUGUCCAUUGGAAUAUACGGAGAAACAUCCUUUUAAGUCAUAUCUGUGAGGGGGGAUUAUACUGCUCUUUGAAGGUCUUUCUUUAUACGCAUGUUCUGAAAUUAUCACAAGACGUACCUGUGUCCUUAUAAAGUUCCUGGUUGAUACUUCAUCAAAUAUCCAGUGACAAGGAUUAUAUUUUCAGAAGCAGAAACAAUUGAGCCAACAGAAGGCUCCUUGUUUGUGAGUGUAUUUCUAACAUGGCAUUGCUUCUGCCCUUGUCACAAACAAUAUCACACUAUUGUUGUUCUCUCUCUCAUUUAUCUUUACUUCAUAUCUUGAAACUUGUCUAAAUCAGUGAUCACAUUGGACUACCUACUGAAAUCACCACCAUUACCAAGAAUUUUUUUUAUCUUUAACAAGGCCUACCUUAGUGAAUAUAUAGCCAAGUUAUAUUAUUUAUAUGUAUUUUACCAUUUAGUAAUAAGAUAAGUAUAUAGUUUGUCGACGCAACCUGUUUUCUCUUUUUUGCCUGUUUUAUGCUCUUGAAUGCUUUAUGCUUUUGCCUGUUUUAUGCUCUUGAAUUGUUAGGCUGUCAUUUUGGAGUCAGCGCUGUAUCAAUCUAUCCUAAUGUUAAAUAUUACCACUCCAGCCGACUCCAUCAGUCAAAUCCAAAUAUUGAAUGAGAUAUGCUUUCUUAGCACUUUAUUUUUUGGUAAUGAAAGGUCUAGGAUUGGUCGAUUAUGUAUUAGCCACUUUCUGGUUUGAUAAGCACUCAUUGAGCCCUGUGUAUUUUUUUUUAAUAUGAAGAUAGAUAUGUAGUGACUGGCACUUUCUCUUUCUUGAACCCCUCUAGACUCCACUCAUUUGGUUGUCCCUCUAAGUCACCUCCAAAUGACCCUAGGUCCCCCAUUUUACUUUUUUUUUACCUUACCUUUAUUUCUUCUCUGGAUCUAUGCCUUAGGGACUGUCAUUUGAGGUGUACCACAUGGGCUUCAUCUGCCCACACUAGCUCAGCCUGUGAAAUUCACAUACAUACCCAGUUGAACACUUGGGCAUUUACUAUUGUCAGAACUUUGGACCGAAUUCCGGCUAUUUGUCCAUUCGUCAGAAAGACAAAUGAACAAAUAAAUGUGACAUUGAAUGAAGCGAAGACCGCAUUGCAAUCAAACUUUGCUUGAUCGUUUAGUUUAUUACAAGGAGGGAGCUACUGGCUUGUGGCUUCCUUCUUGUAAUGUGUAAAAAUAGAAGCGGCGGGGAACUGUGCUCCUCGCCACUUCCUAAAGCCCCCUCAUGCUCCCCUCACUCUAUGGGGGUCAAUAUGACCCCAUCUCAGUAUAAGGGAGGUUGAAAUCUCCCUCCUGCUGCUACUCUCUACGCCCCAAGUAGGGAUGUGUCUACUAGACAGUGAACAGCCAGUGGCUGCUCAUUGUUGUAAAAAAUAAAUAAAAAUAAAAACCUACAAUCCAAUAAAGGGGGGCCUGACAGGUAGAACUCCUAAUAUAAUUAAUGAGGAGUGUCCCCAUCCAGCACCCCGGGAGUAUGGGCUAUUAAAAUAAAAAGGGCUAUUAAACUAAAAGGGAGUGUUCCCCUCCAGCCACUACCUAUUAGCACAGAAAGAAACAAUGUGUGUGAACACCCACCACAGUGUAAUAAGUGAUUAAUUUAUAUCAACAGAAAGGAACUUUCCUGUAUAGGAUAAGAUUUCCAGUAGUAUCCCAAAAGACUUCCUCUUGUCUUCCACACAACACAAGCAAAAAAAGGGGGAUGAUCUGCUGAACCAAUCAUAAAUAAAACAACAUAGCGUAUAACUGUGUAUGAUGACAAAUUGUAGAAGUUAUAUUCACAAAUGGCCACUCACACUUUUGCUGAAGUUUGCAAGCCUUGAAUAUUUUCCUUUUCAAAAUAGGAAUUCCAAAUCCUCUGUCUGGGUUAAAAUCUCCAUAGAUAUAUUGGCAUGUAUGUGCUCAGGAAAGAAAUGUAUAUAAAAGAAUAUAAGAUGCACAUUCAGAGUGAAGUACAAAAAAGUAUUUAAUAACUUACAUCAAGAUAUAAAAUCAUCAGUGUAGUCCCUCUAUGUCACCACCAGGGGUCCUACGCGUUAGGACUAAAGGUUUAUUGUUUAUUGUUCAUUGUUUAUUUGUACCUGUUGAUCACACACCAUACAAGUCCCUGAGGAAGUCCUAUUUGGUUGGAUGAAACGCGUAGGACCCCUGGUGGUGACAUAGAGGGACUACACUGAUGAUUUUAUAUCUUGAUGUAAGUUAUUAAAUACUUUUUUGUACUUCACUACCUAUUAGCAGCAGAUGGGGGUCUAUUUUAUAAUGAGGGGGAGAAACCCCCACAUUACUCACUUAUUAGCAGCAGCUGGGGGCCCUAAGCAACAAGGGAAAGGACCUAUUGUCUCCUCCGCCCCCACCCAUUGCCGGCAGGGAACCUGUUAUGGAAAGAAACAUACAUUUUCCAAGCCAGUUUAGUGAAUAGGGAGUAAUUGAUUGGCUGAGAGCGUCAACUGAUCACUCUCAGCCAAUCAGCAUGCCCCUGCCGAGCACUUUAGAGUUAAACUGUUUAACCUUUUGAGGUAAGAGCGCCUCCAGCAGCCUCCUGGCACCAUAGCAACUUAAUUUAGAUGAAGUUGUUUUGGUGUCUGAAGUGUCCCUUUAACCCCAUGUACCUCAUCGCUGAGCUAAUUAUAUGUUGUACUGUAUUUAACAUCAUAAACCUGUAGAUAUUGACAUAUUCAGCUGCUAUCAGUUUUCUAAGCAGCCGUUAGUCAAGGGGAGGGGAAACUGUUGAACUGUUGUGAUUAAAGAGAUAGGUACACAGUUAUUUCUUACACGUGUUAUCUUUUUUAUAUUAUUUAUUUUUUCUGUGCAGGUGAGUACAAUGAAAUAGCCUCAACAGCGUAAACCAGCAAAGUAACAAACAUGAGAUUACAUGAAUAUGGCAUUCACUAAAAUCAGCACAUUUUUUAAAAUAUCAUGCUAGUAAAUAAACUAGAAAAAUAAUAUGUCAAUAGAUAUUGAAGAAAGGACAGGUUAAGAUCAGAUUAUGUUAACUGACAGUUUUGUUAAUGGUAAUGCCACUGGGUAUCAGACAAAAGAAAAGAAGGUAUAGCAUAAAAUAGAAGCAUUAUCUUGCAAUAUAAGCUGAGAUGGUGUCCAUGAUACACAGAAGAUUCAUCUGUGUUAUUCAUCCUAGGCCACAGGAAGGCCAGAGUAGAAAGGCCAGCUCCACACCAGGAUGUCCCCAUCCAUCUUUAUCAGGCUUUUCAGAUUCCGUUGAGAUUCAAUCUGCUUGUUAAUCAAUGAGUUGUAGUACAAAGAUUCCCCACAUCUUUGGCCACAGGUCUUGUAGGAGGUCAAUCCUCAAGACCAUACAUACGCCACCUCCAAGUGGUAAGAUUGUAGGCCCUCAGGUGUCAGGAUCUUACCUGGUGUGGAGUCCGACGUGCAGAGUUAUACGCUUACCCUUGCAAAUAAACAAAGACCAAGGUGACCAAGUAAGAAGCCACCUGGGCUGUGAGUCUGUGCACGGGGGCUGUGCAGGAAUAGUGCUCCAAGUCGCAGUACAGGCAAGGACAAGCAGAAGAAUGGUCGAGGAAAGCCGAAGUCAGGGGAAGCCAGAGGUCAGAGUAAACGAAGAAAUAAGCCAAGGUCGGAAAGCGGAAUCAGUCUGUAGAACACUGGAUCAGGAUACACAAUAACAGGAACCAAACAGGAGAACCAGAGUCAAUGAACUGAGCACUGCCCUCAGAGAGAGGCAGCCCCCCAGCCUGGCUAAUUAGCGGAUAUGCUUCAGUUGGACUGAGAUUGACAGGAGCUGCCACAGGUAAAGUCCAGCCCCCGGUGCUGGAGACAAGGCAAGAAUAAACAUCAUAUUAAAAGAAGAACUGUAGUGUGGUUUAGAGGUAAGACAGCAGGACCAGCAUAUCAAAGGACCACAGUUGAAAUUCCCUCAGAACCACCUGGGGGGUGGCUACUCCUGGCUGUCUGAAUGGCACUGUGCUAAUUGUGACAUCAGGUUCUUUUCGUCACAGGUGACCCUUUUGGUUCAUGGACAGCUGCUUGAAGUUAAAUCCAACCAGGCCACCAGCCCAGAAGAGGAGCAGGAAAUUGAUUCUGCAAUUUGAAUCUGCUGGACAGCUGAUGGAGUGGCUUUGAAUAUGAUGCCAGAAUUCCAGGCAUAGAGCUUUGAAUAUGGUGUUGAAGAGGUGUCUCCGCCAUCUAGAUAUCUAGAUCUUCUUGGCUUUUCUGAUAGUCUGCUGCGGCAGCCACAUGGAUUGCGACAUACCAGGAUUACAUGCUUCUAUCAGGAGACCGAGUGUCUCAAUGGAAACAGGGGGGUGGGGGCAGCUGAUUGGUAGCUGUGAGAUAAGCACCAAGCCCCACGAGAUCGGCUGCUUAACCUGAGCACCCAAACACCUGAGCCCAUCCAAGUAGGCCUCAAGGCCAGUUGAGUGUAAGUCAGCAAGCUAAACACCUCAGUACAAGCUACAAGAGUUGCAGGCUGUUAUAAGUCAUCUGCUUGUAGUUCAGAGCCUUAUUUGCAGGAAGAUCGACAAUGAACAAUCCUUUAGUGGACAUGACGAAAAGGUCAGCACAGAAACAAGUCUGGCCAUACUGGAAGCCAGGCCCCACCUCCACACAAGAUAACUUAAAGGGACACUAUAACCACUCAAACAACUUUAACUCAAUGAAGCAGUUGUGGUGUAUAGAACAUGUCCCUGCAUUCUCACUGCUCUUUUCUUUGCUGUUUACCAUUCACUUUGUUUAUGAAGCCCCAGUCACACCUACCGGCAUGUGACUUGCACAGCCUUCUUAAACUCUUCCUGUAAAGAGUCAUCUAAUGUUUAUACUUCCUUGAUUGAAAGUUCUGUUUAAUUUAAAUCUCUUAUCUCUUGCCCUGUUAAUAGCUUGCUAGACCUUACAAUAGUCUCCUGUAUAUAAUUUAAGUUUAACUUACAGAGAAGGAAAUAAAAACGUUUAAAGUAAGUUAAAUCUGACUGAAAGUGAAACCUUUUUUUUCAUGCAGGCUGUGUCAGUCACAGCCAAGGGAGGUGUGGCUAGGGCUGCAUAAACAGAAACAAAUGUGAUUUAACUCCUAGAUGGCAGUAAAACUUCAAAGGCAGGAACUGCAUGCAAAAACUGUCAUUAAGCUAAAGUUGGUUUGGUGAUUAUAGUGUCCCUUUAAAGGUAAGUUUAAUUUAAUGAAAAUAAACCUGUAGCCCAGAGGCUCCACGUUAGGAGUAUUAAACCACAGUGGCCCGGGAGUAACUGAGGUUAAAGAUCUAUGUAAGGAGGGAUUAAUAUAUUGGAUGUGCCAGUAACAAAACAAAAUAAAAAUUGUCUUUGGCAAUAAUGUACUUUUGACAAUACAUACAGUUAAAAUGGUAUGUUUCACUCUUAGCAAGGUGGACUAAAAAGCUGUAUUUGAUGAGCUAUCCAAAGUUAUCUAUAUGUCUUAUGAAUUGCAUGCAUAUAUCAUUGCAUGUCAAAUCUAAGAUACCAAUAGAGGAGUAAGAAGAAACCGCUAUAUAUGGUGUGAGCAUAUUUUAUAUUUUAUUGCUCAUAGUCUAUAUUUUACCAUCAAUCAUGGAAACAAGCUCUUCAUGUUUAAAAUUACUAAUUGUUGUUGUGAAUUACUUGUCCUUUUUUUAUGUAGGAUUUUUUUUGGGUUGGGGUGAGCUUAAAAAAAAAAAAAUGCUAGCUUACUAAAAACAAUCAUUUCCGUAGCAUAUGUGCUUUCUGUAAUCAAUGAAAGAUAGUUUGUCUCCUACAGCGAAAUCUGGUGCUAAAUAACACUGGUUUCUGCAUGCCCUUUACUAAAUGUCGUCCAAGUUAUGCUCUGCGAAUGUUCACCACACAUGUAACUUGUUUCCCUUCAAGUUCCUAGUAUCACAUUGCAUAAUUUAUAAUACGUGUGUAAAACAAUCUGUUUUAAAUUAUCUAAGCGAGCUGUACACAGGAGACUCCACCCAUAAACAUUUUGCUGCACAGAUCAAGCUAAUGUUUUUUCUUAUAUGAUUUUGAUCUACGCAGUGCAGAAUUAUUUAAAUUACAGCGAGCUAAACAAUCUUUAUAUCUUUACAAAACGCACAAUACAUCUUUUUUUUUUUUUCAUUUUUUAAAUUCUUCAUUUUAUUUGUGCAUGUGAUUAACAGACAUAUUAGCUAUGCCACAACAGCAGGAGCAAACUGAUCGAUAUACAUAGCAAGACAUCCUUAUGGCAUUGGUAUCGUUGCACAUUUUUAGAUUAGAGUAGUUAGGAGAGAAAAAUCAGGCAUGACACUUAGUAAAGAAGUUAAGUAGUUAUGAGUGAAACUGGGCUUAUUUGCCAUGACAGUACCUAUUGGCACUGCCACUUUGCUAUCUGCACCCAACAAGGAUUAAGUGGACAUAUACAUAUACAGCACUGUGCAUGAGUUCGACACAUAGAAUUACUAUCUGAGCCUGCUGGGACCAAUGUUAUAAGAGGUGUGUUUUGCAAGGCAGAGAGGAGCUUAGCUAGGACAACAAGCAAAAUAGGAAAGGAAAACUUAAGAGUGAUUCUUGCAAGGUGGAAUAAAGUUGUACCAUAUAGCUACUGGAUCAGUCCUUUUGAUGAGAUCUUAUAAAGUCCUGAAUGCUCAAAAUUAUGGCAGAGUUCCUAGAGUCUUUGCAUAUGGUGAGCUGCAUCACAAUCAUGUAACACAUUCAAAUUAGACUAUGCGUUAGAGGACCUACGUGGGUUUGUUUAAUCGAUACCCAGUGCUGGCAGUGUGCUUGCUCUGAAGGUUGCUUGUCCGUCUGGGAAAGGGUGCACCUUGAGGUGGUGAGUGGUGCGCUGUGUCGCACAGGAGAAGCAUGGAUGCAGCUGCAGCUACUGUAGAUGCCUCCAGGAGGGAUAGGGUGGGCCUCACGAGAGUGAUGGUGCUUUCCACAGGCACAAAGGAAUUUUUCCACCAAAUAUAUAUGCUGCAAACAUCACCUUGUUUAGCCCAGUGUAGUGAGCCGACACAUCCCUGGAGCAGGUUACUGUGGUGGUCAGAUGGCGCUGGAUGGAUUCCUCUGUGUGCAAGUUUCAUCCUGUGCGUAGUUCGCACAUGUGGCUGGCGUGCGGCGGCCAUCUCGGGAGUGUUUCCCAGCAGUGUGAUUGUUUUCCGCCCAGCUUGGCGUAAUAGCAGUUGCUUAUGUAGACCGUGAUAAUCCCCCCCCCGGUCCGGGGGGGAAGGCCAGACACCAACCAGAGACCCGGGAGAGCAGCCUUCUCAUCCCGGCUCAAGCUCCAGCACGCCUCGGGCCUUUGUCAGGUUACUGUAGGCGCCAGACAGCAUCUCCGAUCUCCUUCAUUUCAAAGCUGCUAACAUAAAAUAGAUUUAAAAAAUAAAGAACAGUUGUGGUGUUGUGCAAUGCUAAGUGUACACUAAUGGUAUGAGAGCUAUUAACUGUUUACUCAUUUAAUCCACCACUCAUUAGGCAUAGGCAGCUGGGUAUGGUGGGGCCCACGAAAACAGGCACCCCUAUUGUAUCAUUAACUCUCCACAUCCCACAGCUGAAGCGUGUACAGAUAUAAAACAACUUGUAGCAGUUACUUUACAAGGAGACUGUGGGUGCAUUUUAUCUUUUUUUGUCCAACCUUUUUAAGCAUUUUGACAAAGAAAGAGAAGUUCACUCAUCCAUCAUGAACUGAAAGCUAAUUUUUGGACCAGUUAUUGCCUCUUGUUGAUGGGACAAAUGUAUGUGGUCAAGAUGAAUUAAAUUAAUUUGUUGUCCAAAAUACUCAGAUGGCCUCUUGUGGCUUAUCUCUCCAUUCAUUUGGUCUAAUAACCACCUUGACUUGUUUGCUACUACUGACAGUUUCCCUUUAAUUGCAAAACCAUCAGAUACCUAGCAACCAAAGCUGUCUCGUUUGCCUAUACGUUUUACUUUCUUAUUAUUUAUCCAGAAUAUUAGUACAGGAAAGAAGGGUAAUCUAUGACUAAUUGCCAUUAAACCUCUCAGAACCACCAUACUGACACAGCCUGUACAAAUAUACAAAGGCCAAAAACAAAUAUUCUGGAUGACUAUUGAGGGUGGAGAACUUUCACAUGAUCGUGUUCCAGGAAGAAUGGAUUGGUUUGAAUGCCAAGAAUUCUCUGUUUUUUGUGUGAAAAUUACAUGUUCUUAACUGAUAAAAUCCCUGUACAUUUAGCACUCUCAAAAGUGGUGUGUGGAAAGAACAGCAAAAUAAUAUGCCUAUAUAUUGCCCUGUUUUAUUUGAUUUUAAUUUGCAUUUGUUUUAUUAAACAGUGCCUGGAAAGCUGUCUCCAAGAACAGCUGCGAUUAAAGGGCCAGGUGAGACUUCUAGAGCUCCAAGUGAAACUUCAACAAAUAAAAAUCCAGAACCUGUUGCAAGAAAGGGAGCUUCAGUUAAUGGACAGAGGGGAUGAGCAGAUUGUGAUCGAUCUGGGAGAUAAAAGAAGUUAUGCAGGUUGGAACAUCGGUGAUUUCCUAUUGUUUAAAAAAGCACUAUAAAUCAUGGCAUUCUAAAAUGUUGACAUCCAUGACUGAUCAGUGUACACAACAAAAAUCUAGGGAGCUGGGGUCAAUGAUAUAUCCACCUUCAUUCAAAUUGCAAUAUGCAUAAAAAAUAGACUGCUUAAUUGCUGAAGUCACAAACUAUAAAAAUAUCAGAAUGGAACAAUGAGAACAAAACAAAAAACAAAAGUCAGUAAUAUAUCCAAUUUUAAAACCAGGAUUGUUGGUAAUGGGUAUUCCUUGAGGACCGUUUUAGGAAACUCUUUAUCAGCAGAGAAGUGCAAAGCAAAUUUUUGCACAAUCAGUCAAAGUUCCAAAGUAGAAACAUUUAUAGUUUUUGUAUAGAACACAAGAUUUAGAGUAUGCAGCCUCAACAAGAAUUAUCUAGAAAUUUGAAUUAUCUAGUACAGGCAUAGGCAACCUUUGGCACUCCAGAUGUUUUGGACUAUACCCCUCAUGAUGCUUUGCCAACAUUAUGGGUGUAAAAGCAUUAUGGGAGAUGUAGUCCACAACAUCUAGAGUGCCAAAGGUUGUCUACCUCGAUCUAGUAGUUUAUUAGAUGGCAGAGUGUUAAGAUAUUUCCAAGAAUAUCAAAUAACUCCACUGAAGACAGUCAAGCUCCAAAAAAAGGCAGCACAAUAACAACUAUAUAGACACACUACAUUUGCUCUUAGCUUUUAAAUAGGCAGAAAGCACCUCUACCAGGACACUAUGCCUGCCAACUGUCCCCAACUUGGCCGGUCAGUCCCGAUUUUCGUUUUCCUUGUUAUCCUGCUUUUGGGAAAUCUAGGGAACUGUCCUCAAUAAUAAUAGCACAAGCACAUCAAUAGACAAUGAUUACAGACAAUAGACAUCAAUAGACAAUGAUUACAGCACUAGGAUCCUAUAGGAAGCCCUGUAUGUCCUGCUCUCAGUGGACCAGGCUGCAUGAUUGACAGGCAGCCUUGAAUGCAUUUAUGGCAGGUUGAUCUGACAUUAAGUCAGGUAGACCGGCCUCCUUCCUGGGCAGAUCGGCUAACCCACACUAGCAAGCCUUUCUCCCCUCCAAAUACUACCAAGACUAAAAUUUAACAAAAACUAAGACUUAAAGUAGAGUGAAGUGCAUAGUGCUAGUAAGUGCUCAAAAGUGAGAAAACAAAUUGACCCGACGCGCCUUUUGGUGCUUACAACGGCACUUCCGUUAGGGGUUUGAUAGUGUGGGUUAGCUUUGUAGCUUAGAACACCCAUGAAGGUGUUGUUCAGGAGAUGGAGCCCUAUCUGGUUUAGGAGAUGGAUAGAUAGCAGUGCUGUUGUAUUACUAUAGCAUAGAACACCCACAAAGGUGUUUCCUAGAUGCUGCAGACCACUAAUUUAAUGGACACUUAGACACUAGCUAUGCUUAUACCAUAGUAGCACUCCACACCCAGGAAGGUGUAUCCUAGGAGUUGCUCUAUCCACACUCAGGAGUGGGAGAGACAGGGAUCCCCCUGUGGCAAUUUGCUCCUGCCUAGGCAGCAGUAAAAUUUGGAUGUGUUGAUGAGAUCCCAUAUGGCUUCACAGCCCAGGAUAUUACCAAGGGGUAAUCUACCCACAUACUUGGAGGUAAUUGCCUACCACUACUUAGCGGGGAAUUUGUUGUAUUGUUUUUUAUUUUUCUGAUUACAAUAAAGUUUAUUCUCACUUUGAUACAUUGUUCUUAGCCAGCCCCCUGGAGGUUUUGUGGUUGUAUACCCUACCAAGUUAUUUUAUAUACAUUAGUUAGCUGUUUUAUUACUAUUAUUUUCUCCAUUUACCUUACCAAUUUGGAAUCCCUCACUCUUCUUUGGUUUGGGAUUCCAUCUUUUUUCACAUUUAACAAUAUCCUGAUCUAUUCUGUCUCCUUUUUUAGACUGUGCUGAAAUUUAUAAUGAAGGACACAAACGUAGUGGAUUCUACAAAAUAAAGCCAAUCCAGAGCACAAGUCCCUUCUCUGUGUUUUGUGACAUGUCUGAAGGAGGAGGUUGGACUGUUUUCCAGAGACGCUCUAGUGGAAUAGAAAACUUCAACAGGUAAACCUAAACAGGAACAUUUUAAAAACUUUAUAAACACUUUGGAGUUCUUAAUGUAGGUGAGCUAGAUGGUUACUACUACUUCCAGUGUAAACAGAGGAGCACUUCAAAACACAUACUUACCUUAUUUAAAUAAGGGAUAUACAAGUAUAAACUGGAUAAAAAAGAGAGACAUUGUAGUGUAGUAUGUAAAGUCCGUAUCAAGGAGUAUAAUAAUUAUAGUAUUACACACUCACAUAGGUUAAAGCCAGAUAUAGACAGGCUCAAAUCACACAGGUAGAUGUGCCACAAGGUGUCACAAACCCUCUUCUUUUUUUAUUUUAGUAUCUCUCAAUAAAAGAUAUGCAAACAGAAGCACAAAGCUUCUGGCGUGAUACAGUAAAGUGCUUAGUUACAUGUAUAUAUUGCUCACCUUAAUUAGAGCCCAAUAUGCGUGGCUCUAGGCGUAUCAGCUUGUGUCUCUCUUGUAGAGGGACACAACACUUCUUGUGCAAAGAAGCAGAUAUGAAGGUGAAGUCCACCAGGAAAUGUUGGCAUACAGUUAUUAAAAUAAGUAAAAUCAACAAAUAAUACGUAAAAACAGUAAACAAAGUCCUUACGUGCUUCCACCUCCCAACAUCAAAAAAGUUUGUACCAGUAACUUAUUAACCCCUCCAUCAAGCUGGCUUAAUUUGGCAGUACAUCUCCUGAUGAUCAAACAUAUCAACCCGAAAGAAAGGCUCUGUAACAUAUUGGUCCGUUCAUUUACAAACUCCUCCUCCUCUUGGUCGAAAGAGGGACUUUUUGAGAAUCUCAGACCUCUUGGGGUCAUUUUGUUUGUUUUUUUGUGAAGUUAGGUCAAUAGUCGCAUAAGUGCCUUGCUUGCACAGAUCCCUUUGGUCUUUGGACUUUUGAGUUCUCAAUUUAUUAACUGGAAAUGGAAUAGAACAACUGUAAUUAGAGACUGCAUAUAUAUACCAACCAUACUCUGGAACAGGGUGCUUGAAAAAGGAUUUGUGACAUUCAAUACAUGGCUUGAAAAAGGCUACUGACAAAGCCAAAAUGUUACAUUUUUAACUAGGAGCUUAAUUAGGUUCCACUAGGCCCCGAUGCUAGAAUCAAAAAUGGCCCCCAUCCUUAUGACUCCCUCCUAAGGAAUACACCUAAGUAGGACGUGAGUGGGCUCAGUGUGUAUGUGGUGGUUGGUAAAGUGUGAUGUAAUUUCAUGGCAUAAUGACUGAGCAGAGGAGAACAAAAUGGCAAUGAACAGAUAUUGAGAUCUGGCACAAAGAAUAAGGUAGAAAAAGAUAAUAAAUACAAAUAAAAAAGGCAAGUGGCAAAGGAGGGAGUAUAAGUAUUAAGAUACAGGAAGAAUAAGGAAAGGAAUGCCAAAAGAAAAAAUCAACAACAGGGUUGAUUUAAACUAAAUUAGAGGUCUUCACAUUAUAUUGCUAAAGAGAGAAAAAAAGUGUUUUUUUUUUGUUUUGUUUUUUCAACUAUUUUAUGUACUGUUCAAAUUUAGUCAGUGAUUGGCAUAUAGAAGUAUAGUUCAAAAUUACUUUGUUUUCUGAAAGAAAACAAACUAUAUAUAUAUAUAUAUAUAUAUAUAUAUAUAUAUAUAUAUAUAUAUAUAUAUAUAUAUAUAUAUAUAUAUAUAUGUUGUGUUAGCAUGUUAAAUAACUAGUAGGAAAAUCAUGGGCCCACAAACAGAUAAACGUUACAAUGUGUCUGGUGCUGGGAUUCAGAAUAACUGUAAUAAUAAAUGGGACAAAUAAGUGUGUAGUUAUAAAUCUAUUUUUUACCAUACUUUACAUGCUUUGUAUCUUGUAGUCUCAAUUUCACAUUGACACCUGUUCCCAUACCAUCUUAUGUUACUGUAUUAUGAAGCUACAUGGAUAACUUUCAACUGCGAACAUACCUUAUUGUUGUGUUACUCCCUCAAAUUACUAAAAAUAUGAUGAAUUGGUCAUGUUUCCCUAUGUACUGAUUCCUUUUUCUCAAUAAAGGAACUGGACAGAUUACAAGAAUGGAUUUGGUGAUUUUGUUUCUGCAAAAGGAGAAUAUUGGAUUGGGAAUGAUAACUUGCAUUGUCUGACAUUACAAGGUAUAAUAAUAUGAUUUGACAGCCGUACACUGAAACAGAUAUUUUAUUGUAAUUUUUGAUCAAGUUAUUUGUAAUAAUUAGUAAUUAGUGUAGCGUGUUUGCUGUGCAUCACCUUAAUUUGUGUGCACCUUCUUCUUAAUAAAUAGAAUUACCAAGAUUGUGUCCUACAACACUUUGCAAAGUUGGGUGAAGAACAUUGAAAACUGUAUAAUUCCACAGGUUUUAUGGUACUCGGGUCACGAGACAGUUAAGUUCAUAGAUUGUUUGGUCCUCCAUUAUCCUUCUUCACCAAAUAUUUCUUUAUUAUUGUUUUUGUACUUUUGUUUUGCACAUGUGUUCAAAAAAUGUUUGAUUUUUUUACAUUUUUAUGAUGUAAAACACUAUAAAUUCUAAAAUAAAUCUACAUCCCAUCUAUAAUAUGGAAACAUUUGUAAAUUUACAUUUAAAAAAUGCACUUAAAAGGACACUCCAGGCACCCAGUACACUUCUGCCCAUUGGAGUGGUCUGGGUGCCAACUCCCACUACCCUUAACCCUGCAAGUGUAAUUAUUGCCGUUUUCAUAAACUGCAAUAAUUACCUUGCAGGGUUAACUCCUCCUCUAGUGGCUGUCUAUUAGACAUGAUGAAGGGGAGGAGCAGCGGUGACCCGAAACCACCGCAGAGGGACAUCAGCGGGGGUCUCAGGUAAGUCACUGACAGGGUUUUCACCCCUUCAGCAACCGGGAAUGGGUGGUGGAAGGGAGAGGGGACCUGCAGUGCCAGGAAAACAGAUUGUUUUCCUGGCACUGGAGAGUCCCUCUAACUAUAAUUUUAGAGUAUUACACUGAUACUACUUAAUUUGAACGUUGUCAUAGACAAUAUUUAUAUUUGCUUUUGCUGUUGCCUUUAGGUGACUACACACUAAGAAUUGAUCUGCUGGAUUUUGAAGGACAAAGAAGAUUUGCACAAUAUAAAAGUUUCAAAGUUGAUGAUGAACAGGUAGUAAAAUAUUAUUUAUCCAAAUAAUAGAUCAUAUAAUUGCUUUUUCUAACUAACCAAAGCAAGUUGAACUUUGGGUGAUGCUGAGGGUGGUGAUGCUGAGGGUGGUGAUGCUGAGGGUGGUGAUGCUGAGGGUGGUGAGGUGGGUGAUGCUGAGGGUGGUGAGGGGGGUGAUGCUGAGGGGGGUGAUGCUGAGGGUGGUGAGGGGGGUGAUGCUGAGGGUGGUGGGGGGGGUGAUGCUGAGGGGGUGGGGGUGAUGCUGAGGGUGGUGAGGGGGUGUGAUGCUGAGGGUGGUGGGGGAGUGAUGCUGAGGGUGGUGGGGGUGAUGCUGAGGGUGGUGAGGGGGGGAGGAAAAGCCGAGGGUGGUGAGGGGGGGUGGGGGUGGUGAGGCUGAGGGUGGUGGGGGAGGCUGAGGGGGGGGGUGGUGAGGCUGAGGGUGGUGGGGGUUUGGGGGUGAUACUGAGGUGGGUGAUGCUGAGGGUGGGGGUGAUGGUGGGGGUGAUGCUGAGGGUAGGGGAUGAUGCUGAGGGUGGUGAUGCUGAGGGUGGGGUGAUGCUGAGGGUGGUGGGGGGUGAUGCUGAGGGUGGUGAUGCUGAGGUGGUGCUGAGGGUGGUGAGGGGAUGAUGCUGAGGGUGGUGAGGGGGGGUGAUGCUGAGGGUGGUGAGGGGGGAGGUAAAGCCGGCGGGCUGGUGAGGGGGGGAGGUGGGGGUGGGUGAGGCUGAGGGCUGUGGGGGGUGGUGAGGCUGAGGGUGGUGGGAGGCUGAGGGUGGUGGGGGGUGGUGAGGCCGAUGGUGAGGCUGAGGGUGGUGGGGGGUGGUGAGGCUGAGGGUGGUGGGGAGGCUGAGGAUUGUGGGGGGGUGGUGAGGCUGAGGGUGGAUGUGAGGCUGUCAGUCAGUGACCGAGGACCUGACACAGUCUGCCCAUAGGUGGUUUAGGCGGCCGUGAGGCCCCAGCCAGUGCGAGGCCUUGGGCGGCCGCCUAAACCGCCUAAUUAGAGAGCCGCCUCUGCGUAAAAAGCAAAGCAGUGAUGCAGCUCCUGGAGGAUGGAACUCCAGAAGCUGAAAAAAAAGACUGUGGUGCCCACAAAGAAGAGUUUCCACUGGCCACUGCUCAAAUGAAAAAUAAAAAACUGGAUAUUUCAAAGCAUAGGAGACUUCUUUAGAGCUGUGAGUUUUCCAAAUGCAACAUUAUUUUUUUUAAAUUCCAUAUAACACUCACAUGAAUAUAAUAUAUUUGUCCAUUAACCUGACUACACUAAUUAUCUUCCCAUUGAACCUUGAGAUUCUAUUUAUCUCUUUUCUCCUAUGGAAAUUGCCAAUUACCACUUCUGACAUCUGACAAUUUGAACAGGCGCUGUAAAUAUCUAUACUUAUCCAUAUGUAUAUUUACAUACCACCUACGCUAGAAACUGUGAGAAUCUAUCACUCUACUCUAAUUCUGUCAGUCAUUUGUUUAUUGAUUGAAUGAUUUACAUAUACAUUUUGGAAUACCACUGUAUUCAGCACAAUUCACUGUAUGAAUAACAUGAAAUCUCAUCCAAAAUAUACCCUAUAAUGGAUAUCAGUAUCAAACACUCAAUAACCCUAGAUUAUGAAUAUGGUGUCAUUUCAGAGCUCAUACCAGAUGAGCUGUGGAGACUAUACAGGUACAGCUGGCGAUUCCCUUGCUGGUGGUUUUAAUGCUGAAGUUGAAUGGUGGGCAAGUCACAACGGCAUGAAAUUUAGUACCCGGGACAGAGACAAUGACAAUUAUGAAGGACACUGUGCUGAGGAGGACAAGGGUGGAUGGUGGUAUAACAGGUAUGCUACCUAACUUUUUUUUUUAAUAACUGUCUUCAUUUUUGGUUUUGUGGAAAAUGUUAAAAUAAUGUUAUUAUAAACUGCAAACUAUCACUAUUCAAUAUACUUUACAGACAAGUAAUUGCAAUUAAGCAAUUAGUUGAGACUUGUGCGGUAUUGUUGCAAUUUGAAUUUUCCUACAGAGCACCACAAUUAUAGAAUAACCUCAAGGACACAGUCAAAUCUUCAUUCAAUCUAAAAUCUUUUAAGAGAUCUAUGGCAAUAUACCUCAGCACAGAAUGCACCUGUCAUGGUUGAAUAUAUUUAUUACCUGUUAUGUAUUCAAUUUAUAUAUGUGUAUAUGUAUAUUUGUGUAUAUAUAAAUCCAAAUAGGUUAUGGUGGGGAAAAAUUGUGAUUAGAAACCCCUUCCACCUGAAGUCUGUGAAGAGUUAAUACAAUGUUAAACAAAAAUCUGCACACCAGUCAAGCCAUAAGACUUGCUUUUCCCACAGAAAUCAAAAAUCUGCAGUAAUGUUACUACCGCAAAGGAUUCUGUCCAUGAGUGGUUUACUGGCUUUGCAUCUUUUCCUAAGUUGUGUUUCAAAGCUGUUGCAUACAGCAAACACAGACUCAAAGGAAUCCAUGUUUAAAAUGGAAUGAGGCAAAAAUGUGAUUCUUUGUUAAACUAAUUUGCAUAUGCCCACCCAUAAUCCUUUGCGGUAGUAACAUCACUGCAGAUUUGGGAUUUCUGUGGGAAAAGCAAGUUUUAUGGCUUGACUGGUGUGCAGAUUUUUGUUUAACAUUGUAUUAACUAUAUAUACACUGGUUUUGCAUCUUUUCCUAAAUUGUGUUCCAUUCAGUUGUAUACUGCAAACACAGAUUAAAAGGAAUCCAUGUUUAAAAUGGAAUGAGGCAAAAAUGUGAUUCUUUGUUAAACUAAUUUGCAUAUGCCCACCCAGAAUCCUUUGCGGUUGUAACAUCACUGCAGAUUUGGGAUUUCUGUGGGAAAAGCAAGUUUUAUGGCUUGACUGGUGUGCAGAUUUUUGUUUAACAUUGUAUUAACUAUCCACAGACUUCAGGUGGAAGGGGUUUUCAAUCACAAUUUUUCCCCACCAUAACCUCAAUUUUUCCCCACCAUAACCUAAUUGGAUUUUGCUUCCCAAGCACUACCAAGCCUCAAUAAGGAAACCAGUAACCAACCUCAUGCUGAAGAGUUGCAUUAAAGAACCACUAUAGUGCCAAGAAAACAUACUCGUUUUCCUGGCACUAUAGUGCCCUGAGGGUGCCCCCACCCUCAGGGUCCCCCUACCGCCCGGCUCUGGAAAGGGGAAAAGGGGUAACACUUACCUUUUUCCAGCGCUGGGCGGGGAGCUAUCCUCCUCCUCUCCUCCCCGUCGGCUGAAUGCGCACGCGCGGCAAAAGCUGCGCGCGCAUUCAGCUGGUCGCACAGGAAAGCACUAUCAAUGCUUUCCUAUGGACGCUUGCGUGCUCUCACUGUGAUUUUCACAGUGAGAAUCACGCAAGCGCCUCUAGCGGCUGUCAAUGAGACAGCCACUUGAGGAUUUGGGGGAUGGAUUAACCCAUUUAUAAACAUGUUUAAAAAAAUGGGUUAACCCUAGCUUGACCUGGCACCCAGACCACUUCCUUAAGCUGAAGUGGUCUGGGUGCCUAGAGUGGCCCUUUAACAACGAAACAGCUGUCCAUGAGUGAUUCACUGGUUUUGCAUCUUUUCCUACAUUUUGUUCCAAGCAGUUGUAUACUGCAAACACAGAUUAAAAGGAAUCCAUGUUUAAAAUGGAAUGAAGCAAAAAUGUGAUUCUUUGUCAAACUAAUUUGCAUAUGCCCACCCAGAAUCCUUUGCGGUUGUAACAUCACUGCAGAUUUGGGAUUUCUGUGGGAAAAGCAAGUCUUAUGGCUUGACUGGUGUGCAGAUUUUUGUUUAACAUUGUAUUAACUAUAUAUAUAUUUAUAUAUAUAUAUUGUAUAUUAUAUUUUUGUAAUAUUGUACAAUGCAAUGAUUUGUGGACCCAGGACAUACUUGAAAACGAGAGAAAUCUCAAUGUAUCCAUCCUGGUAAAAUAUUUUAUAAAUAAAUACAUUUGAUCAGUACUACUAAGUAAUAGUUAUUAUCUCAUAAUUCCACUAGGUGUCACUCUGCCAAUUUAAAUGGUUUGUACUACAAGGGACCUUACACUUCUCAAACAGAUGACGGGAUUGUUUGGUACACGUGGCAUGGAUGGUGGUAUUCUCUAAAAUAUGUUGCCAUGAAGAUUAGACCUGCAAACUUUGAGCCAAAUGUUGUUUAAUUUGUUCACUCAACAGUAAACAAAUCUGAAGCUGGUAGGUCUGUUUUGCAUGAAAUCAAUUCACGAUUAUAUUUUUCACUAAAUUUGACACGUUUUACGAAUGCUCUAAAUAAUGUAUCAGUAGAAACAUUUUUCUUUCCUCUAAACUGCUUACUAAUAGUAUUGUAUAUGUUUACUUAAACUAUGUGGGAAAUGUAGUAAUUAAAGUGAAAUAUGAGAAUUGAAUUGGCUCAAAAUGUACACUUGCCACUAGUCAUUGGCAAAUGAAAAUGUAGCCCUAGCAUGCACAUUUUCACGCCUGCUAAGUAAGCUAUGGCUUGCGGUGGUGAGUAACGGUUAAAGGACCACUAUAGGCACCCAGACCACUUCAGCUCAAUUAAGUGGUCUGGGUGCCAGGUCCCGCUAGUUUUAACCCUGCAGCUGAAAACAUAGCAGUUUCAGAGAAACUGCUAUGUUUACAUUGCAGGGUUAAUCCAGCCUCUAGUGGCUGUCUCCCUGACAGUCACUAGAGGCUCUUCCGCGUCAAAAAAGAUCCCCAUAGGAAAGCAUUGAGUAAUGCUUUCCUAUGGGCGUGUUUGAAUACGCCUCUGGCCGUGCAUGCGCAUUCGGCUUAACAAAAAGCUGACGUCGAUGGGAGAGGAACAUAGGCGGAGCCUGACCCAGCACCAAGGGAGCCCGGCGCUGGAUUAAGGUAGUUGAAGUGGUUUUAACACCUUCAGCACCGAGGGAGGGGGGCCCAGAGGGAGGGAGGCACUCCAAGAGCCUUUAGUGCCAGGAAAACGGAUUUGUUUUCCUGGCACAAUAGGAUCCCUUUAAAGCCUGGCUAGUAGUGUAGGACCUCAAAUGUAAGCCCUGUUAUGAGCUGAUAUUUUCUAAAUGAUUCUACUAUAUAGGUAAUAGGAAUACCUUUUAUAUAUUCACUGCUGUAUAGUAUUGGGUGUCAACAGGCCAGAACAACGAUUUGCCUACCUUUCUAUAGCAGUUGGUACCACCAGAUCUUAGGUAGAUCACAUCCAGAGAUUAUCACUUCAGCUUGGAAGCAGAAAGUGGCUGGGAUGCAGUCCUACAGGGAGUAUGUAUGCAUUUUACAGUAAGACUGAAUUGGAUCUGUAAAUGCAUCUGCAGUACAGUUGUAAGAGGCAGCAUUAGCUCUUGCCUGUAGGUCAAUCUGGAGUCUUCUGUGGAUUGCAGCCGGGAGACAUAAAACAUAGCAUGGAGAGUAAUUAGUAUGUAACUGUAUAUAUUAACUAAAGCUUCUCAAACUAAUUUUACAUAAGAAAUUUAAGCUGCGCUAUACCACAAAUAAACAGAUGUUGUCACUGCAAUUAUAGAUAACAUAUAGAUACAUUGGUAAAAAAAAAAAAAUUAGACAUGAACUUAUAUUACAGCAAUUCAUUACUAUAAGGUAAAUAAAAUAGUGAGGUCUAUAUUACACGUAAUUAUUGAUUAUUUAGUAAUCCCAUUAGCUUUAUCAAAUAAUGUCAUCUAAAACAGGGUUGUUCACUAAAAUGAGAAUUGUCAGGAAUGCAGGUUGAAUUCAAAGUGAAUUUCAAGUUUAAGGGCAAAGUAGCUUAAAUUCACUUUUAAUUCCCUACAUUGUCACAUCAGUGAAUAAUAACCCUGUUGAUCUUCAGGCAAGGAUUAGGAUCCCAGAGGGCCCUAGGCAGGCUACUUAUUUGUCCCCACCCCUUCUUCCUGUAGAGAUGAUGAAAGGGGCCAAGUAAAAUCAUGGUCACCUAAGGUCACCUUAUGGUUACUCUUCCUAUUAUCUUCAGGGCACUCCCAAAUCAACUCAGAAUGUCAUAUUAUUCUAAAACAGUCCAUAGUAAGAUAUCACUAUUAUUUCCAUAGUAUACAGGUUGCCUAGGAUUAAGCUAGGUGGAGAGCUGUAUAAACAUUCAGCUUAUCGAUGAAUCACUAAACAUUCAGCUUUUUAACACUCGUCUAUCAAUCGUUGUUUGCCUGCACGGGUUGAUGCGCAUUUGAUGCAACUCUAAGAUCUCUGUCCAGUGAUUCAAAAUGAAUGAGCUCUUAUUGCCACUUAUUUGUCUUAUUUGAUACAUUUGCUUUGUACUUUGUCUUGUGUGUUUUGUUUCUGCACAUUUUGACGUAUUGUUUUACAUGUAAUAAAAUUGUUACUGAUUUUAUUUUUACAUGUUUUACAUAACUAGUGUAUAUAUGUGUUUGUCUACUGAAUGUUGGUCUUUCACCAUAGCAAUUACUUUGAUCUAUAUACUGAAUUCUUGCAAGUUAUUGAUAAAAGUGACAUUUUCUAAGUGAUAUUAAGGCCAAAGUAGCCAUACUGGAAGUAUAGUGGACUUAGAUUUUCUUUCCUAAUUUGGCAUAUGGUCAACAUAUCCACAGAAUGUAGCAUAGCCAGGCUAUAUACAGUUGAACACUGGAACAAUGUACUUGACAGGAGGAUGACAAAGUAAUUAUAGAAACAGAAACAAAAGACUGAACUAAACAGUUCUUGACUGGCAGUACAUUAAUAUCGAACUUGACAAAAAUACUUCAAUUGGUCAGAAAUAAUCUAAAGCUAGAUAUGGGACAUGUAUUAAUACCAACAGCUAAGUGGAAAAAUAUAACUUGCAUGAGCUGGUUGGCUUGCCACACUUGACUCUUCUGAGCUUGGCACACGAAGACAAGGACACAAUUAUACAGGCCAGAUUGUGCACUAUCUCUAUGUCUGGAUAUGUGUGCCUUGCAACGCAUCUUUGUGAUUAGUGAACUUUGCUUGAUGACAAGACCAGACACCAGCAAUGCAUCUUGGGGGAGAUGCAGGAUAUCAGCAAAAGAAACCACCCUACAAACUGUUCUUGAUAAAAUGAGAUAACUUCCAAGAACCCAUUUAUAAAGAACAUCAAAUAUAUGAUAGAUAGCAUAUACCGCUCCCAUUAUUCACUAUAGUGUCCCUUUAGAACUCCAAGAGUUCUCACAUGUGCUACACAGACUUGAAGAAAACACAGAUUAAGGAACAGCGCACACACACCCAGAAAAAAACAGUUUUAAGUUUUACCAGGCUACUCAGCAUCACCUAUCUUGGCAAACACAUAUGGAAUUCAGUUACACCAUAUGGCCAUAUUGUGUUAAGCCCAUCACUACUUCACAGUAUUUAAAUAUACUUGAACAAAUAUAAGCAUAACUACUUCAUCAUGCAGGUGGAGAAAAUGGCUGAGGUUGACAAGGAUGAGAUGGGGUUACCUGUGUUCAAAACCUGUGCCUUUAGGUUGUGUCCCACCACCACUCAUGCAACAAUUAUAAAAGAAAGACUAUUUGACUUGUACAAUUCUAGGCCUAGACUAACAUAUAUGCAAACCAGUUUACUUUCUCAUAAAAAAGAAUGUAUAGAAAGUGCCUGAGUUCUUCAUACGUAGUCACAUAGUAAUAUAGGGUGAAAACACAGACUCACAUCCACGAAGUCUAGACUUUCACCUAUCUAGGUUACUGGCGUUGAUCCAAAAGAAGGCAAACGGUCUUUGCCUGUUAUACACUCCUCUGACAGGGAUGCACUGACUGUGGCCUAGGCCCCGGGCAAAAUUAGGAGCUGGGCCCCCUACAGACGGAUAUAUAAUGGUGUAGAAGGGCUGUGUAUUUGAUUGUAUGUGCACUUAAAGUGAAUGUAUGUUUCUGUGUGUAUAUUCACUGUGAGCCCUGUCAGGGGCGGACUGACCACUCUGGUAGAUCGGUCAUGGACCGAGGGCCGAGGCAGUCAGGGGCCCGGCUGCCUGAACACUCAUACUCUCUCUGGCUGGGGAGUUCAGAGCUCUCCCCAGUCAGAGAGGCACAAUUUAACAUGAUACAUGUUCCCACUCACCUAAUGAGACCUGGCAGCAAUCCAGCUCUUGCCAGGUCUCCUCCAUCUUCUAUGUGCGGAGCGUGUGAGAGGAGGAGGCAGGGCCGGGGGAGGGGAAGUGACAUCACUUCCUGCCCCCUCCUCUCCUCCUGCAGAAUAUACAGAGUGAGCAGCCUGGCAGAGUCAGCAGGUAUGUAAAUCUCCCAUCUCCCCCUUAACUCAUAUCAGCACCCACUUCAUCUCCCAUGCCACCUCCACCUCAGCACCCACCUAAGCAUCCGUCUCCCCCUUAACUCACUUCAGUGCCCAAUUCAUCUCCCAUGCCUCCCUUCACCUACUUCAGCCCGAUGCCCCCUCCACCCACCUCAGCACCCACUUCAUCUCCCAUGCCCCCUCCACUUCAGCCCCCACUUCAUCUCCCAUGCCCCCUCCACCUCAGCCUCCAUGCCGCCUCCACCCACUUCA